AUGCGUCAAAUGAUCCGAUCUCGGCUCAGAGAGGCGCCGAUUCUUCUCCUGCAUCCAUACACUGCUGUCGCUCGGGCUUUCCUCAGGAGUACAGCCAACCAAGCUCCUUGUAGCGACUCCGACUGGUCCAAUUGUGCCUCUGCACUACAUGCUCUCCGAAACUUGCAGAUCAUCAGACAAGAUCAUGUGGGCAGUUUUCUUUCUCUGGGAUUGAGCUUGCUUACUUUCCACCGAUUAAUAUCGGGGUUCUCAGCGAGUACAAUUUGCCGAUACACGCUAUCACUUGUGCGGCCAUUAUACUACUCUGGGAAACUAGUCAAUUCGGACACAAGGGAGCUUUUGUGUCUUAUCUUUUUGGAUACGACCCAAUCGCUGUUUCGAGCCAAGGUCCCCGUGAUCGAGUAUCAAGUGCGAGAUCCCUAUAUCGUUGACCAGCAUGCCGGGCUCUGCGGGCCACUCCUUCCCCUUCUUUACCAAGUCUGUGUCCUAGGAUCCGCCACGAGAACAAAAAAAGGGAACAGCCCACUCUCUUCCGAGCAUUUUGACAAGUUGACAGCUGAACUCGAAGCAUGGGUUCCCAAUAUCUCGCAAUCUGUCCUCGACCGAUUCUCCGACGUAGAGAUGCUUGUGCUUAUAUCACAAGCCAACAUCCACCGUACAGCCGCACUUCUGAUCCUCCACAGACUACAAUUUCCAUUUGGGGAACGAGACGCCGAAGCGGCAUCAUUUGCUACAUCGAUUGUCGCAGAUAUGACUCAUUGUCUAGAUAUGGCCGGGUAUCAUCCACCGAACAUCACCCUAGCUUUAUUGGUGGCAGGAGCAGAGAUAAGAAAUGUGGUUGGAAGGAAGUCAGUACUCUAUUUGGUUUCAGGGAUCCGUGGGGCGGCUUUCUAUCCCUUUGUAGCCAACUUACGCAUGUUUCUCGCCCGGGUCUGGGCCGACAGGGACCAAGGAACAGCUCGGUAUCUGUUCCGUAUUUUUGAGGACAGACCUGGUCUUAGUAUUCCACUUUGA